AUGUUGCAUCGAUUGCAGUCUAUCCUAAUGUCCCUCUCCCUUCCCAGUCUGUGGUCUCAAACCAGCACUUUGCCUACCUCUGUAUCUCUUUUUAAUUCAUCUCCGUCUCUACAUGGAUCCCUCGACGCCCUGAACAAAACCUUAGGUGGCCGCCUCUUACAGGGCCAUCCCCUCGCCUUCCCAUGCGCUCAUGGUCCGGAAACAGACGAGUGCAAGGUCGUUCAGAAGGGCUAUCUGGAUUCCCUCUUCCGCUCAACCACUCCCGGAGGUGCCGGCUACGUCAAUACACAAUGGGAGACCUGUCAAACUACAGGCGAGGGAUGUCUACUCGAUUAUUUGAACCCGUUCGAUGCUUCUCCGGUAUCAAAAGACAAGGGCGGAUGUGGAAUGGGAAGUGUUUCAGAGUAUUAUAUCGACGUACGCACGCAACAAGACGCACAAGCUGCGUUUCGCUUCGGGAAGGAGUUGAAAGCGUCUGGGAUGCCGAUUGUCAUUAAGAACACGGGUCACGAUUACAAAGGUCGAAGCAGUGCCCCAGGAUCUUUAGCUUUAUGGACGCAUAACCUCAAAAAUCUCACCUUCAAUCCCACGUUUCGGGCGGAAGGAUGUCCUCCUGGAAACUCGGGGAAAACGUACACGGCGGUCACUAUGGGAGCAGGAGUUCAAUGGAUUGAAGCUUACGAUUUCGCCGAAACGCAUAAUAUCACUCUCGUAGGAGGAUCAGACAACGCCGUAGGUUCCGCCGGUGGGUGGCUACAAGGAGGUGGUCACGGAUUUCUUUCGAAUGCUCUAGGCCUCGGUGUAGAUAGAGCGUUGCAAUUCAAAGUUGUUACACCCAAGGGUGAAUAUCUUACCGCUAAUGCCUGUCAGAACCGAGAUUUGUUCUUCGCUUUGCGUGGAGGCGGAGGAGGCACCUUCGGUCUUGUCCUUGAAAGCACGGUUCUUGCUUCGCCCCGUGUAACAAUCCAAGCUGCUCUCGUCAAACUUCCUUCUCCUUCUCCAUCUCGGUUGUGGGGAACCAUGGCUUCUCAAGCCGUCACCUGGGCCAAUGAAGGGUGGGGUGGACUAUCGGCAUCGGAUAUUGCGAUUUAUGUGAACCCGCGAUUGGAUAAAGAACAAGCGACGAAGUCUAUGGAACCCCUGUUUCAGCUGGCAGGAGAUGGUGUAAUAACGCAGAUGCUUGAAUUUCCCAGCUAUGCCCAGUUCUUCAAAUGGUUUGCGAGUAAUAACGUUGCUGCAUCUGGCGUUCCGUUGGCGCUCUCAUCCCUGUUGGUUCCCUCUUCGGCUCUCGUCAACCCGGAAUCACGAGAAAAAGUUGUGGCGGCCCUCGCUAAAGCAAGUGAUAACACUCCGAGGAUACUUGUCCACAGUUCCGCGCCAGUUUUUUUCCGGCCUGAUCCGAAUGAACCAACGAGUGUGACGGAGAGAUGGAGAGACAGCAUAUUGCACAUAACGAUCGUGUCUGCAUGGAACUGGAACUCAACCAAAGAGGAGAAGCUAGAUGCGUAUCAACGAGUAAGCCUGUCAAGGAAACUUGUAGAGGACGCAAUAGGUCCUAGUGUGCGCGCGGCGUAUUUGAACGAAGCCGAUGUGUAUCAGGAGAACCAUGAAGAGGUAUUCUGGGGGAGCAAUUACCCUGGGCUUUUGAAGAUCAAGAAGAAAUAUGACCCCGAACAUUUACUCGAUUGUUGGCAUUGUGUUGGAUGGACGGAGGAAUCUCAGAGAUUCAAGUGUUAUUUAUAA